GCGACGGACACGACAUCGCGCCUGCGCGCGGGCGCUCGGCGGCGGCGGCUUUCUACGUCACCGCAAGCGCGACGCCCCGAAGGGCAGCUGGGGGUCCGGCCAUCGGGGAAGCGCGGCGGCGAGUCUGGCCGGGAAGAUGCCAGUGGCGGUGAUGGCGGAAAGUGCCUUCAGUUUCAAAAAGCUGCUGGAUCAAUGCGAGAACCAGGAGCUCGAGGCCCCUGGAGGAAUUGCUACCCCCCCAGUAUAUGGUCAGCUUCUAGCUUUAUAUUUGCUCCAUAAUGACAUGAAUAAUGCAAGGUACCUUUGGAAAAGGAUUCCACCUGCUAUAAAAUCUGCAAAUUCAGAACUGGGGGGAAUUUGGUCAGUAGGACAGAGAAUCUGGCAAAGAGAUUUCCCUGGGAUCUAUACGACCAUCAACGCCCACCAGUGGUCUGAGACUGUCCAGCCAAUCAUGGAAGCACUUAGAGAAGCCACAAGGAGACGCGCCUUCGCCCUGGUCUCGCAGGCCUAUACCUCCAUCAUUGCAGAUGACUUUGCUGCCUUUGUUGGACUUCCUGUCGAGGAGGCUGUGAAAGGAAUAUUGGAACAAGGAUGGCAAGCUGACUCUACCACAAGAAUGGUGCUGCCCAGGAAGCCAGUUGCAGGUGCCCUGGAUGUUUCCUUUAACAGGUUUAUUCCUUUAUCAGAGCCUGCCCCUGUUCCACCCAUCCCCAAUGAACAGCAGUUAGCCAGGCUGACUGAUUAUGUGGCUUUCCUUGAAAACUGACUGCUUCUUCUGAGCUCAAGAUCUACCUUCGGAGUCCUGUACAAUGACAAACACAGAAAUGUAAAUUUUUAUUUUCAAAUCUACCAGAUGGAAUGUGCACUCGGCAUUCCUUUCUGAGUAUGUGAUAAGAUGCGUAUAUAAUAUAAAGUAUAUUAUAUAGAUUUUGUCCUUGAGCAUUAUGCUGAGUAGUUGCUGUAGCAGGCACACUCGUACCAAGAUAGGUUUGGUGGCACCCAGCAGGGUUACGCGGUUAGUGUGCAUUUCUGAGUGACUCAUGAAAGCUGCCCCCUGCUCCCGUGCACAGGCCGUCCGGCCAUCUUCACCCCGCCUGCUGCUGGUGGGUGCACUUGGGGUUGGCAGAGCCCUGGCCCUGGGCCGAGCUGCCAGGACUUGAGAUUCACCCCCCAGUGGACAGCAUGUGCUCCUUCCUUCCACCUCCAGAGAAUCCUUCAUGUGGAGUACACAAACAGCCGAGCCACAAGCAAGUGCUUCUUGAGGGAGCAGGCCCAAUGUGCUUUGCAGCCAUUGCUGGCGCUGCGGGCCGGCCCUAAAGAAGGGGCACAAGAGAGCUCAAAAAGCGUUACGUUCUCAGUUGUCUUUGAGAAGAGGGCAGAAUGGGGUGCAGUGCGUUGUGGGGGUGCGUGCACACUGGCACAGCACUGUAGCCCUCUCCUUCAGCCCCUCGGGCGUGCGUGCGUGCUCAUCUCUCAGUUUAAGUUCUUCCUUUUGAAGAAACAGCGAACAAGCCUUUCAUCUUUGUGUGACAGGUCUCUGAAUAGUUGAAGUUGUGUAUUGUAUCUUCAGGUGCAAGUACCCCUUAGUUCAUUCAUUCUGCAUUUGUUCAAUAAAUAUUUAAUUGAAUUCUU